CGCGUCUUUGCCCACUGAACAGCCAUGAGAAGGCAGCUCCGGUCCAGAAGGGCUCCGGCCUUUCCUUACGGUUAUCGCUACAGACUUAGCCACUCGGAGAAGAUUACAGUUUCAGAUCUCAAGUAAUGGCUGCAAUCAGUCAAUCAACAAAUAUGUGCUGAGCAUUUACUACGUGCCCAGAUUUCUGCCUAGGGAAUGGGGUUGGUGGGGGGAAGAUGAAGGAAGUAUCAGUUGCCGUGCCAGCCCUCAGGUGGUCUGUCCAACCUGCUUAAGGCAGGAGGAGGUUCCAUUGUGGGCAACAGUCAGAGAAGCAGCAAGUAACGCCCCCAUACCUUGUUUCUGUUGGGAAGGCAGUCUAAGUUUUGAGGAGGGGUCCAGCAGCUGGCCUCUCCUCCUGAUGUCUGUCCCAGGCUAUUUUUAGACACAACUUAGGAUGGUGAGGUUGAGCAGCUGAAAGUGUACAGGGUGUUAGGACAAAGCUGGCUUAGACUGAGAAUUUGCCAUCACGGACACAAGUGUCUAAAACUACUCCAUCCUCCAGUGUUGAGCUCAGCUCUGCCCUGACAGGCCAGACAAAGUUAAGCGGGAAGCCAAGGCCCCAGGACAGAGUAAUGACAUGAGCAGUCCUAGGGGAAGAGCCCAAAUGCCUGAAGCCGAGAAUAAAACUUGCACCUCUAUGGAAAGAAUAUUGGGUCAAAAUGGGUCAUAGAAAGGAUAUUUCCUGCAAAAGAACAGAGAGAAAGAAAUCUGCCUCUUGUAACAACAGGAUGAUCAGGAUGAAGUGAACCAGAACUACUUAGCAGAUGAAGAGGAAGAAGCAGAAGAAGAGGCUCGGGUGAUGGUGGUACCUGAUUUGGAGGAGGAGGAGGAGGAGGAAGAAGAGGAGGAGAAAGAAGAAGAGGAAAAGGAGGAGGAAGAGAGUCAGACUCAGGAAACAGGCAGUGCCUGGUGGCGGAAAUGGCAGAUCGUGAACGAAUACCUGUGGGAUCCGGAGAAAAGGAUGUCUCUGGCCCGAACAGGUCAGAGUUGGAGCCUGAUCUUAGUCAUUUACUUCUUCUUCUAUGCUUCCCUGGCCGCUGUGAUCACCCUCUGCAUGUACACGCUAUUUCUGACCAUCAGUCCUUACAUGCCGACCUUCACUGAGAGGGUGAAGCCUCCUGGAGUUAUGAUCAGACCCUUCGCCCAUAGCCUUAACUUCAACUUCAACGUUUCUGAACCUGACACUUGGCAGCAUUAUGUGAUUAGUCUAAAUGGCUUUCUCCAGGGUUAUAAUGACAGUCUUCAAGAGGAAAUGAAUGUAGAUUGCCCCCCGGGCCAAUACUUCAUCCAAGAUGGUAAUGAGGAUGAGGACAAGAAGGCCUGCCAAUUUAAGCGCUCCUUCCUGAAGAACUGCUCUGGCCUGGAGGACCCUACUUUUGGCUACUCUACUGGACAGCCCUGCAUCCUUCUAAAGAUGAACCGGAUUGUUGGCUUUCGUCCUGAGCCUGGAGACCCUGUGAAGGUUUCCUGCAAAGUUCAGAGAGGUGAUGAAAACGACAUCCGAUCCAUCAAUUACUACCCAGAGUCGGCUUCUUUUGACCUCCGUUACUACCCUUACUAUGGCAAACUGACUCACGUUAACUACACCUCCCCGCUGGUGGCAAUGCACUUUACAGAUGUAGUGAAGAACCAAGCGGUGCCUGUGCAGUGCCAACUGAAGGGCAAAGGCAUCAUAAAUGAUGUCAUCAAUGAUCGUUUUGUGGGUAGGGUAAUCUUUACUCUGAACAUAGAAACCUAAGAACUUCAGGGGGCCACUCCCACCAGUUCUGUUUCUGUUUUAUUUCAUGUUACCCUGGUAGCACCUGAAUUCUUUUUCUUCAGUUGAGACACAGCCAAGUGGACACCUGAGACAGCAGAUCAUCUUUCCUUGCCUUUGACAUAUGUUCGAAAUGGCAUUGUGGGAGCUAUUUGAUGUUUAAAGGUAGUCUCUCCUGAUGACAAAUAGCUUAUAUUAAUUUCAUUUUCUCCCACUUAAAACUAAAACCCAUUCUUGCUGCUAGAAGUCUCAUUGUAGUGUAACAUAGUAUCUGAUAAAAUUCACAAUAGCCAUGAAGGAGAAUUUCCAUAAUGAUUAUAAAUUCAUCAUGUUUUCUAAAAAUUUGUUGUUUUUAGAGGUGAGAUUCCUCCCAACCAGGCUGAUAACUAACCAUUUUUGUUAACCUGCCUGGCAAGGUCCUUCCCUGAGAAUCACCAACCAGACCAAUCCAGAAUACACCUAGGGGCACCAUACCUAGGGAACUCUAUAUCCAGGGGUGCUUGUGAAACUGGCUGCCUCACAUGGGCAACUAAAUACUGAUUCACAGACUAGGUUAUCUUCAACUGGGACAGAAGUCAGUGAUAACUGGAUAUUGUCCUGGGAUAGACCAGAACAUAGACCUUUCCUAUCACUUUUUUUGGGAGGUGAGGCCCACUGCAACUGGGGAGAACGCCUACCAUGUGGAUGUGACUGGUAUUAGAUUCCUUGCUUUAUGGUGUAAUCAUCCAAAGGCAAAUGUUCCUGCAGAAAGGUUUGUCUCAGCUUCAGACACAGGAAGAAAACAAGGAAGAUCUCCACCAACUAAUUCUUCUUGAGCUCUUUGUUUGACAGUAGUGUGAUGUUCUUUGAGACCAUCAGGGAUAGGUGUGUUGACCGUCCCCACCCACACCUCGCUACAGCGCUGGGGAUUGAAAUCAGGGUCUCCCAACUGAUACGUGGUAAGACAGAAAGCUCCUGCCAGGCCACCCUAAAUUCAAGGCCCAUUAGCCAGCUUUUCAUUUGCUUAAAAAAUGAUAUGAGGCAGAUGUUUCUCCAGGUUGUGGAUCAGCCAGGCUGCUUUGUCUUAUCUUUGGCCAUGUGACCAUUCCACUGCUCCUUAACGCCUCCACCAGGGGGAGGGCUGGGACAAGGAGAAAAAGAAAGCAUCAGAGAAGAGCAUAGUGUCUCAGGGUCCAAAGCAGGGUUAAAUGCCACCUAGAAGUAUCCAGAGUCUGAAUCUCCUCUACAAUGUUUACCUUCUCCCAAAACAGGGAACUGACAGUCUGGUAGUGAAGACAAACAAGUAAAGAAGUAACUACAAUAUAGUGUGACAAGAGUUAUAAUACUAGUAUGUGGAAAUGCUAUGGGAACAUGAGGAAAAGUAAGCUGAGAAAGUAGCAGAGGAAAUUUCACAUGCAAAGUCACAAUCACGAAAGACCAUGGUGUGUUUGGGUAACUGUGAGCAGUUCAUGUAGCUGGAGCGUACAGGGCUCAGAGCAACGGCAGGGAGCAGCAGUGGAUUGGGCUAGAAAUGUAUACAGGUACUGAAAGAAGACUUUGAGUUUUAUCGAGUAGGUGAAAAGGAGUCAUUAAAGCAUUUUAUGCAGGGAAGCUCUGUGAUCAUAUUUACUUUUUAGAAAGAGCACUUUGGCAGCCACAAUGUGAAGGGUGGAUUGGAGAGGGGCGAGACUGGGGAAUGGGCAACGAGGGAGAAGAAGGAGUCAAGAAUGACGCCAAGGUUUUGAGCUUGGCUACAACCAGUGGGAUAGUGAUAUUGUUGAUUAAGACUGGAAAUACACGAAGUGAAGCAGGAUUGGAGAGGAAGAUGUUGAGAUCACUUUUGGACAUUUUAGGCUUUUGAUUUCUAUUGGUCAGACAUUGAUGUGGAGAUGUAAAUAUAAGUGGGGUUGGGAAGAAGGAAAUCUGAGAACAAAAGCAGCAUUCGCUUAAAUGAACUCUCUUAAUAAAGUCUAAGCUAUUUAA